CAGAACUCCCAGUUUCCGACAUACUAGUACCCGACCAAACAAUUCUCCCACCUUGAAAGCCAUCCGCCACGGAUCUCGACAUCUGCUCCUGCAUAUGCUUAUGACCUUUCUCUCUAUUGCGAAAUCGAACUCUCCCAGUCCUAGACAGAGCUGUGCCCUCGACUCGAUAGCUGCCUUUUAGCUGAACGAUAAAGCAGCUCCUACACCGCCGCCAGACGAGCCAUCGCCAUGUACUUCACCGAUUCAGAAUCCGCUCUCCCUCGCCGGCUGCGGGAUGCCCCCAAAUCAUAUGACUAUCGAUACACCACCGCAGUACAAGUGGCCCUGCUGAAAGACCUUUUCAACUCCCUCGGGUGCCACCGCCGUGACUACAUGAACUACUUCUUUCCGAACGGUCUCCCCACCGAGAAUACACCCGAGGCGUGGAGUCUAUCAGCAGCUCAGGGCGCAACUGAGGGGGCGGAAUAUAGUGCUGGGGCGAGAGGAAAGCCGUGUGGUCACAUAUUCAAGAGCGGGGAAGCUACUUAUCGGUGCAAGACCUGCUCACUCGACGAUGCGUGUGUUCUCUGCAGCAAGUGCUUCGAGUCCUCGGACCACGACGGCCAUACCGUUUUCGUGAGCGUUUCGCCGGGGAACAGUGGAUGUUGCGACUGCGGCGACGCCGAAGCGUGGAGGAUACCCGUCAAGUGUGCUAUUCACACGCCAACCGGCGACACCACGUCACCAAUGGAAACCGAUGAUACCUCUCAACGGCUACCCCCGGAACUCGUUGCCUCCAUCCGCAAUACAAUUGCCAGGGCGCUGGACUAUUUGUGCGACGUCAUUUCGUGCUCUCCCGAGCAGCUGCGCCUGGCCAAAUCAGAAGCGGCGAUCCGGAAGGACGAAGCGCACUCCCGGUUGACGUCUAGAUAUCAGGUUCCCGAGACUGAUGAUGAUGAUAUGGAGUAUGCGCUGGUGCUCUGGAACGACGAGAAGCACACCAUCGCAGACGUCCAGAAGCAAGUGUCGAGAGCAUGCAGGGAGACGUCGGAAUUUGGCAAAUUGCGUGCACACGAGGUCAAUAACACUGGCCGGUCUGUCCUACGCUAUUCUACAAAUAUUGCACAACUGCUAGACAUCUCGCGAAUUAUUGAGCAUAUCAAAGUUACCGUUACAAUCCGGUCGGCGAGGGAUACGUUCCGCGAGCAGAUGUGUGGAACCAUCAUCGAGUGGUUGGACGAUAUUGCUGGUUGCAGUGUCGGCGGAGAUCACAAUAUCAUCCGGACUACGAUCUGUGAAGAGCUGUUGAGUCUCUGGCGAGUGGGCUCCAAAGCUUCUAAUACCGAAAUCGGCCAGCAAGGCAUAGAUGACCACUCUUAUACGGAGGAGCGGAUUAAUGUCGACGUCCAAAUGCAGUACCUGGUACCUAUGGAGCUUACUGGUGUCGCGGAGGUGGAAGAUGAGGAUAUGGAAGUUGAGGUGGUGGGGGGUGCCGUUUUCGGUGACGAUGAUGAGCUUGACGAGGACGACGUUGAUAUGGUUGGUAGUGGUGGCGGGAAUAGUGAGGAUGGUAAUAGCCUAGGGGAUGGUGCAUUCACGAUUCAGCGGUUACUGCGGGCGGACGAGUUUGAUACGCCACGGCCCGUCGAUCUCGACGGCACCAACGAACGGCACGCGGCGGAUGACCCCGAGAGUGGCGCUCCUCGAAUUCCGCACACCCCUCAUAUUCCACCGCUACAUGGCUCCAGAAUGAAGGGACCUGCCCCUCCAUACUGGACCGAGAAGCCAACUGGAUAUGCCCGUAGCAAUGUUCCCGCGCACGAAGACUUACGGCAACGAGUGCGUCUUGACUGGCUCAUCAUGUUUGAUUUGCGUCUUUGGAAAAAGGCGAGAAUCGGUCUACGAGAUCUGUACAUCAGCACGGUUGUGGCGAUUCCUCAGUUCAAGCGGAUAUUAGGGCUACGCUUUGCUGGGCUCUAUCCUGCAUUGGCCGAAUUGUAUCUCAUCGCAGACCGAGAGCCGGACCAUUCUAUCAUCAAUCUUUCGCUGCAGAUGUUGACCACGCCGACAAUCACGGCUGAGGUUGUGAAGAGAGCCAAUUUCUUGACAACAUUGACCGCCAUCAUAUAUUCCUUCCUAACCACACGUCAAGUGGGGCUUCCGUCCGAGAUCAACCCCGCCGCAACGCUUGCGUUCGAAGGCGGUCCGCUGACGAACCCACUCACCAACCGCCGGAUGUAUCACUUUUUCCAAGAUAUGCGAUACCUGUUGGGGUCGAAAUAUGUUCAAGAACAGAUCCGCUCCCAUCCGCGAUACACAUUGCAGUUCCUCGAUCUUGUUAGGCUUCACCAGGGUAUCUGUCCCAAUGUGCGAGCAGUGACAGAGCACGUUGAGUACGAAGCUGAGGCCUGGAUUAGUGCUUCUCUGGUUACGAAGGAAAUUAACAAAAUGUCUCGUCAAUUCUCUGAAGCGUUUCGCACGGAAGGACCCAAAAUUGAGGACUACCUUCGUCGCGCAAUCGCCACGGCCGCAAAAUAUGCCAUCGAGAGCUCGUUGGGAUUUGAAAAACAUCGUUACCGGCAGACCGAGAUGAAGUCUGAGCCCGAGUUCAAGCAGGUUGGUGGUUUCGCAUUCGACACAGACAGGUGGGGUAAACCGUACACCUACAAGAUCGUCCGGUUUUCGGUGGAUAAGCAACCAAUCAGUUUUCAUCACGCGCUGCAUUAUAGUCUUUCAUGGCUCAUCGAGGCUGGAAAGAGCAUGACGAACGAUGAAUUGCGCCCCAUUCUGCUGCUGAAAUGGGAGAUGUUUAAGUCACGCUUCACCAAGAGUGACACCGAUCUCGAGCCCGAAGAUCUUGCAGUCGCCAUGUUUGAUUACCCACUCCGAGUUUGUGUGUGGCUGGCACAAAUGAAGACGAACAUGUGGGUGCGGAAUGGAUACAGUCUCAAGCACCAGAUGCAAACAUACCGCAGUGUAACGCAGCGCGAUCUUACACAUCAUAGGGAUAUCUUUCUGUUACAGACGUCUCUGGUGACAGUUAAUCCUAGCCGGAUGCUUGUAAGCAUGAUUGACCGCUUCAACCUGAACCAUUGGAUGGAGGGAAACUAUUCUACGCCUACCGGUUACGAUGAUGCGCAAGUCCUGGAUUUGGCGGAAGACUUCCUGCACCUGUUGAUUGUGAUAUUGAGCGACCGGCUGCCACUGAUACCGCAGGAAGAGGAGCCUGGCUUGCAGGCACUGAGGAUCCGGAGAGAGCUGGUUCACACUCUCUGCUUUAAACCGAUGCAAUACUCAGAUCUUUCACGACAGAUUCCCGAGCGUCUGCUGGAUAGCGAGACGUUCCAGGAAGUACUUACCGAAGUUGCCAACUAUCGUCCACCCGAUGGUCUCGCAGACUACGGAACUUUUGAACUGAAGGAAGCCCAUCUCGACGAAGUCGACCCGUAUAUUUCGCACUUCACUAAGAAUCAACGCGAAGAUAUCGAAGUGAAGUAUCGAGCAAGGAUGGCCAAGAAGCUGGGAAAGCCGGAGACGGAGAUCGUUUUCGAGCCUCGCCUACUUCCCAUCCGCUCUGGAGUGUUCAAGGACCUCGCGGCUUUCACCAGGACGCCUGUAUUCGCUCAAAUCAUCUACUAUUUCCUGGCUUAUUCCCUUCAUUUCAAGACGUUUACCCCUGCCAUUCAAGAAACUCGAGUGGAGAUCUUCUUGCAAUUGGUCCUGCAUCUAUGCCAGCUUGCCACUCUUGAAGAUACCGCGGAAGAAGGCGCAGCUGAUUCCUUUAUCCUCCAUGCGCUCGAGAAGCAGGCACCCGCCUUUCCGAGCGAGGUCGAGGGAGGUGACAAUGGACAGCGGACAAUCGCCACGGCUCUUUACCGCCUGGCCGAUACGGAGGAUUUCAAGGGUUGCCGAGCCAAAAUUAACCACAUCUUGCGGAGCUUUAAGCAGAAACAGCCUACCGCUUUUGCUACCGUAGCCGCCUGGGCUACUGCGAUGGGCGAGAAACUCGAGGUGGACGAGCAAGAUUUGCAAGAGGCGGAGAUGCAACGGAAAAAGCAGAUGGCCAUGGAACGCAACGCUAGGAUUCUAGCACAAAUGAAAGAACAGCAGCAAUCGUUCUUGGCCAACACCACAUUCAAUUUUGGUGAUUCCGGUGAUGAUCUUAGUGAUACUGAGAGCGACGCUUCGCCUACGGAGGAGAAGAGGUUGUGGAAGUAUCCUACCGGCACCUGCAUCCUUUGCCAGGAGGAGAUGAAUGAUUCCAAGCUUUACGGGACACAAGCAUUUGUCACCGAAACCAACAUACUCAGGCAGACAGACCCUACCGAUGCUGAUUACGUGUACGAGGUUGCGAAAACGCCCGAGAGUCUAGACCGUGACGCUUCCGCGAUACGACCAUUUGGAGUUGCGGGUAUGAAUCGCAAGGUUCACACAAGACUUGCCAAGGAUGGGUCAGAGGUGUUUGCUGAGAGACAGGGCUUGGGACGUGGGUUCCCUCAAGACAAGGCAACACAAGGACCCAUCGUCACCAGUUGUAACCAUCUCAUGCACUUCAGUUGCUUUGAGCAUUACUGCGAAUCCACCCGACGACGCCACCCCUUCCAAAUCGCGAGAAACCAUCCGGAGCGACUGGAGAAGAAGGAGUUUGUGUGUCCGCUGUGCAAGGCCUUGGGUAAUGCAUUUCUGCCGAUUGUCUGGAAGUCUCAAGAAGAGACGCUCACGGGAGGUGUGUUGCAACCUAGCCAGGCGUUUUCUGAAUGGUUGAAGGGACUGGGACCUGCGAUCAGCCGACUGGAGAAGGCUGGAGAAGACACUGGUGUGGGCAGAAUCCAGGACCUGUUCCGAGAGUACAGCGGCAGCCGCAUCGUUCCUCGUAUAUCCAAUAUGCUGCAACUCCAUCCCUCGGCUUCUAGGCAGGAAACGAUGGUUGAGCUACGGACCCGACCGAGCAAUGCCAGCGACUCUCCUCUCAUAGCCCCUCAUCCCACGGCGCCUCGCACUCCACUGGCUCCCCUGGACGAGCUGCAGAAAACGUAUUUGCGCUUGCGAGACACAUUCUUAGACAACAAGAUACAGUCUUCAUACCAGAAUUCACACAUUCAGGCCUCGUGGGCAUCCGAAUUGACGCAGAGCGACUCGCUAGUACGCACCCUUGGAUUCUCCAUAUCCGCCAUCGAAAUCGCACAGCGUGGGCUCGCAUCCGAAUCCGGCUUUACUCUUCUCGACCGGAUACCACCCCAGACAAUCACGCACCUGCGCAUCCUGUCGGAGACGAUCUCUUCGUAUUUCGCUGUUGGCACCCUUCAAUCCUGUGAAGUGGUGGGGACUAGAAAGCUUCAUCAAUUUGAGGACAUGGUGAGGGACCAGCUGCAACGGUUGUUCAUUGGCCAUCCGCAGUUGUUCGAAGACCACGCGAAAGUCCAGAUGGCUAUCCGAGUUGGGCCACUGCUGUCAUCGGACGCAUUCUUGUUCUUGGCUGAAUGCUCGGUCUGCUCGGUGCCGGGCUUCUCUUGGGACAUACUUCACAUCAUGCGCCUGUGUUAUACUGUGGAGAUCGUUAAGGCUGUUAUCGUCUUUGGGCGAGACUGCGAGCUUCCAGAUAUACUACGCGAAUGGGAGAGGUCCGAGAGACUUGCUGAUAUCGAAGGCGAGAUUGGCUAUACCGAGGCCCAGCUGGAUUCGUUGCAGCAAUUUGUUAAGUUUGUGGAGAAGUCCCUGGGUAAAACUGUCGGUGGGUUGUCCAGUCAUUCCAGCUUCUCCCUUGCGGUAUUCCGCCACCUUGUUGGAGCUUACGCCACGCCGUUCCUUCGGAAGUGCAUUAUCCUCCUACAUACUCGGUUCGGCGUUGUCUUCCCGCCUAGUGGCUUCGCCGAGAUGACAGAGUCCGAGCAAGUUCGCUUGUGCCGCGUCCUGCGCCUCCCUAGCGUCGACGAGAUCUUGGAGACUGCCCUGUCAAAGAAUAGCGAGGGAGAGUACCUACAAGGUGUCAUCGCCGGCUGGUGCCGGCACCUCACCAUCCGCAAGACGUCGGUUACGAUGCCUCACCCCGGCAUCCUUGAACUUGUCGGCCUGCCAAAGAACUACGACGUCUUGGUCGAAGAGGCCAUGAAACGGAGAUGUCCGUCCACCGGGAAUGAACUCACUGAGCCGAGUGUGUGUCUCUUCUGUGGAGAGAUAUUCUGUUCUCAGGCGCGUUGCUGUCUUGAGAGGAUUGGAAACGAGGAGGAGGGAUUCAGGGAGAUUGGGGGAUGCAACAUCCAUGUCCGGAAGUGUGGCAAGACGGUGGGCUUGUUUAUCAAUAUCCGCAAAUGCGCGCUGCUGCAUCUUCACGAUUACCACGGGUCUUGGAAUGAAGCGCCGUACCUGGAUGCACAUGGAGAGACGGAUGUGGGCUUGAGACACCACCGCCAACUCUUCCUGAACCAACGUCGCUACGACGCCCUGCUCCGCAACGUCUGGCUGCAGCACGGCAUCCCCUCGGUGAUCUCGCGGAAGAUGGAGUCAGAGCUGAACACGGGAGGAUGGGAUUCUUUGUGAGAGGAUGACAAGGAUUUAAGGUGUAUUGGGCGUUGGGCUUUUGUUUCGUUCUUGUUUCUUGAUGUUGCGUAGGUGAUUGGUAGUAUACGUAUUGGGAUAUUACCUUUGCGCGAGGUUGGGGACGGGGGUUUCGAUGAGAUGAGAUGAUUGUGCUUCUGAGAGCUUGGUGAUGUCGCUACAUAAGGGCUGUUCUGUAUAGUAAACACGUGAAAUACUACCGGGACGUUUACCGGCG